GGAAAAGCCGGGAAGGGAAACCGAUCCCACAUUCCCACCUUUCUUACUGCCUAUGUUGGCGGGAAAUAAUAGCCACUUUUCCCUGGUUCUUGAGUUCAAACUCAACCAAUCUCCCUUUCAAAUUCGGAUUGUUCACAAUAAGUAAUAAUUCCUUCACUGUUUUGGAGUUUUUGUUGUAUCUGUUCGAUUGAUUCUGUAAAAGAAAACCCCAUUUCAGAUUAUGCAACCUAAAACCCAAUAAAUUUCAGACGUCACGGAGGCAAAUCAAUGGAGGAUCGUGUACCCAGAAGGCUUUUGGUGAAAUCCCAUAAGCCCAAUUGGAAGGAAAAGCUGCGGGAGAACUGUUUCAGGAGGGUAAAGGAGAGCCGGAACCGCUUGCUUUGGAAAAUGAGAUUACCUGCGGAAUCCUCUUCUAAUCAGGAGGAAAUUAUGAAAUAUGCUUUCAGAGACAUAGUUUCUGAGGAACUGAAAAAGAUAAAAGGCUCAUCUUUGGAUGGUGAUGUGGAAAUCUCAAUUUGUGCAGUUGAAGACAGUGAUACUCUGUGGGAAUAUGAUGGUGUUCACAAGUCUUCUCAGUCAGCUGAAAGCGAAUGUGAAAAGAUAAUGCUAGAACUGCAAAAGAUAUUUUAUGAAGAUCUCAAGGAGGAACUGACUAGUAAGGAGCUGGAAGAAUAUGAUGGAACUUGGGAAGACAAAGAAGAUGAUUACUUAGCUUGUGCAGUUUUGGAGCAUAUGAAGCUGAGUGAUGGCCAGGUGCGCCAGGAGAUUUGGUGUCCCAUCUGUAAGAGGGGAGAAUUGCAAGAGAAUCGUCGUUUUAUAUAUUGCACUCUUUGUGAGCUACAACUCAAUAGAGGGGAUGAGGUUACUUUGCACAUUUUGCAGGACCGUCUAGCAGAAGCUCACACAGAACAUCUUGAUACGGGAUGCAGAUUGACUCCCAAGUUCUGCAUGGAGACUCGAUUUGAGAUCACUGCAUUGUAUAUGCAGUGCGAGGCGUGCAAGACAUUUGAGAUUAUAUUGUAGUUCAUAUACUUAUGUAUAUGGUCAAUACAUCCAUCUAGACUAGUGAAACAUUUCGUUCCUUAAUUAUAUGUUUCUUCUUCUAUUGUCUUAAGACUUUCCAGUUUUCAUUUGUUGAUUUAUGCCUUACCUCCCAUAGCAGAUCCUCAACUUUUGAAAGAUCAGUAUAUGACUUUUCCACGUUGAGUACAACAUGCUUACUGUUUGAUUCA